ACUCGUUCCAGAGGACGUACACAAGUUGUUAUUAACGGUACUACCCAAGCGACGACCGCCAUGCUGCGUAGCCUUCCACUGACACGAAAAAUAUCUAAGUGCACGGCAUCGCGAUACCUAUCAACUUCACAGGUGCUGCGUGAGGAGACUUCGACUUCUCCCAACCUUGGAACAGUGGCAAGGCCCAAGAAGCCAAUUGGCGGCUUCCGUGGAGGCUUGAUUGGAUUUUUGUUCGGCUUUUCGCUAGCUUCCGCAUUUGCCGCUUACCAUUUACUGGACGAGUACAAGGCCGCUUCGGCAGCUCUCCAAACUAGCGUAGAGGAGUUGCGAACUAGCACAGAGAAGGUAUCAGCACAUGUGCGACGAAUAGAAGCCGUUGAGAAGGACUUGAAGGCACUCUCGCAACGUUCUGCAAGUCAAGAUGAUUUAGCUAGAGUACGCGCGGAACUAAAGAAAGUGUAUGAUGGUCUUCACAUCGAAUUUCUCGAUCUUCGAUCCCAUGUUUGGGGUAUGCAACAAGAUCUCCAUUCGUUGGCCCAGAAGGAGGCGACUUCUAUCCGGGUGUAGUUGCCUUGCACACACAUUGUCUAGACACUGGGAUGUGGAUUGCUUUUAACAUGAAUGCAAGUCAUAUUCAUUUAUAUUAAAUUCUGGGCAUUCCAAGGGCACGAUUCCACUUGCCCUCAGAAAUGUAUUUGCUCUCACGCAUUUGGUGCCUCUGGCCGUAUCGCCCAAUAUAGGUGUGCGAGUAACUACAUCUGGAUUGUGCAACUGCCACGAAUGCCUUUGCUGAGCCAUCCUAGACACAAUGGGAAAAUACAGAGUAAGUGACGCGGUUUAUAGUCUUAUCGAGUGCAGUCUCGAAGUCAAUUUUUUUGCGGACAGUGUCAGCGUCAUCAUCGUGGCAC